AUGACGAUGUCGCUACUAUGCGUCACGAUCAAGAAAGCGCGACUACAGGGCAGCGUUGACGAGUUCAACACAUAUGUCACGGUCAAACUACAAAAUGUCAAGUCCACGACAGCGGUGGUACGAGGGAAUCAACCGUGCUGGGAGCAGGAGUUCAUCUUUGAGACGAAUCGCCUGGAUGAAGGGAUGAUCAUCGAAUUGUGGUCGAAGGGUGUGUUAUGGGACCGAUUGCUCGGUGUCCACUUCAUGCCGCUCACCGAUGUCCGUUACUGCGCGGCUCCUGGUGAUGGAAAAUGGUUGCAAAUGGAUCAGGAAUUGGAGACACGUAACGGACAAACGAUCGGCACCAGCAAACCCACCGGUCACAAUGUUCUCGUUGAUUCACGGUUCGAAUUGCCUUUUGAUGCUCAAUCAGAAGACGCCGAGGAACUACAGGCCAAACUGCAGGCACUAAAUCGAUUGAUAGAUAGCGACCAAGUCGUACCAAAUAACCACCAACGUGUGCCUUUCACUCACUCCGGAAUUUCUGAAGAUAGCGACUAUACGUCCGACGUCUCGUUCCCGAUCCACCAUCAACCGAACAGCUCUGCUCACCAAUGGGAUUCGCAUCUACACCCACAUAGAUAUCGACAUCAUCAAAAAGACACAGUCCUCUUUCACCACUUCAGUCCAGAACUUUCCGUUUUCGGCCAUUUGGCUUCUUCCAGCUCGAACCCGACGAACUCCUCAGAACUCGUUGAACAAGGCGAUCUGAUGGUCUCCUCAAUAUAUGACCAAAGAAGCGAAGACGAUUUACUUUAA